AGCCUACACUUAUAGUUCAUUUUAGAAACGUUAUUUCGAAGACUAUUAAAUAAACGCUGUAUAAUAGUAAGAGAUGCAACAUUAAUAAUUUAUUAAUCGAUUUUUCAUCAUUAAUUAAUGUAUUUUCAUUGCUUUUGUUUUAAUUCUUGAAGUUUGUUAAAGAAAAACACUAGUAUAUAAUAUAAUAAAAACAAAAUUUAAUUAUUUAUAUACUAUAUAAACAUUGCGUUUCUGUUUGUGUAGAAAUGGAUGGAACAAUCACAAUAAAGGCAAAACAGAACAUUUACAUAAAAAGAAAGUAUAGUUCCUUAAUCUCCUUAUCUUACUAACAAAAUUUUAUAUAGAUAGCCUAAAUGUAAAUUUACAAAUCAAAAACCUUUUUUACCUGAACUGCAGAAUUACUUUGAAAUUAUUUCUAACUCUUUUACAAAAAGGUUUAAAAAACUGUAAAGGUGUGAAUUAUAUCAUCUUUUUCUUUAACGUGUGAUGUAUAGGCCUAUACCCCAAGUAAAAGAAACAAAUUUUAAAAACAUAGAUAUUAUCCAUGCAAUGAUUUUAUAAGUAAGUUUAAGGAAGGUUUUUCACCCUUGUGUUGUUUUUGUAAAAUGGAACCGGAAACAAUUCUUCAUUUAUUUUUCAGUUGCAGUUACACAAAACAGUUUUGGUCCCAAGUUUCCUUACUACUUUUUGAAGUGUUUUAUAAAUUAAUCAGUAUAACUGAGCAAAUGUUUUUUUUACGGAUUGCAACUCUGGAUUACUGGAAAUGGACAAAAUAACAAAAAUUCUUAUUUUAUUUGGAAAGUAUCACAUCCACAAAACAAAAUGUAUGCUGACUGUACCAAAUUGUAAAUUUUAUUUUUCAUUAAUCUAAAACGUUUUUAUGAUUCCCUCACUGCUAUACAAAGUAAUACCAAAGCUAUUAAGACAUCUCAACUACUGGAAAAAAAUACUUAAUAUACACGAUUAAUUUUUGUUGUUAAUUCCAUUGUAUACUGUUUUAUGUAUAACUCUGUACACCCCUGUUUGAUCAAUAAAAUAAAAAAAGGCCUAUACCCCUUCUGUUUUUUAUUAUUUAUUCAUUAUUUUCUAAUGAUAUAAAAAUACUUUUCCUUUUCUUUAUAAUGUACUGUGAUUGUAUAUUUUCACUUUUCGCAUAAUUAAAAAUAAAAAAAGAAAAAAAUUAAAAAGAUGUUUUUUUUUUAAAAAAAACGAUCAUGAUCACAAUAAAACGUUAUUUUGAUAUUAUGAUUUAAGCUAACGUUAAUCAGCCUUUUCCUAACCUUUUCUUUGGCCAAAAAAUCAUAAAUCACUCAUCAGAGACCUCCAUUGUCAGAGACACUCAUCUUCCCCUAUUCCAUAUAUGGGACGCGCUAUGAUGUCACUGUAGAUGGGCGGAGUCCUUCAGUGAAAUGAAACUGAACUGAAAAACAACUGGAAAGGUGUCCUGACUAGUGACGACAACUGACUAUUUAACUGUUUUGCUAUGUUUAGGUAUAUGUGAGCAUAACUGAGACACAGAAAAAUACAAUGGAAGAAUCUCCAAGAGGGACCAGAACUCAGGAUUCAUCUAAAUCUCUGAUAUCCUCCACUGGUCCUCUGUCUGAAGAGCUCCAGUGUUCAGUGUGUCUGGAUGUGUUCAUUGAUCCAGUCACCACUCCAUGCGGACACAACUUCUGCAAGACCUGCCUGGAAAAGUACUGGCACAACAGUCGAGACUACAGCUGCCCAAUCUGUAAAGAAACAUUGCACCAAAAGCCUGAGCUCAAAGUCAAUACAACGCUCCGAGAGAUUGCAGAUCACUACAAAAAGAAAAGCAAUCUGGAAAUGGCUGAGGUCUUCUGUGACUUCUGCACGGACACUAAGAAGAAAGCAUUGAAGUCAUGUCCGCUGUGUCAGAGCUCUUACUGUGAGGCUCAUCUGGAGCGUCAUUUGACAGUUCCGGGUUUAAAGCAACACAAGCUGAUCAACCCUGUCAAAAAUCUCCAGGGUUAUUUGUGUCAGGAGCAUGACCGGCCUCUUGAGCUGUUCUGCAGAGAUGAUCAGACGUGUGUUUGUGUGACCUGCACUGUGACUGAACAUAAGAUGCACAACACUGUUCCUGUAGAGGAGGAGAGUGAAGAGAAGAAGAACCAGCUGAUGAAGACACAGACAGACAUGCAGCAGUUAAUCCAGGACAGAAUGAAGAUGAUUAAAGAAAUCCAGCAUUCAGUAGAGCUAAGAAAAAAAAACAAUGAAAAAGAGAAAGCCGACUGUGUCGAGGUGUUUGCUGAUCUGAUGCGCUCCAUUGAGAGAUGUCAGCGUGAGCUGCUGGAGGUGACGGAGCAGAAGCAGAAAGCAGCAGAGAAACAGGCUGAAGAACUGAUUAAAGAGCUGGAGCAGGAGAUCAGUGAACUGAGGAGGAGAAACACUGAGCUGGAGGAGCUCUCACACACUGAAGAUCACCUGCACCUCCUACAGAUGUUUCCAUCUUUGUGCAGGCCUUUAGACAUCAAGAUCUGGACUGGAAUCAAUAUUAACACCGGUGUGAGUGUGGAGACUUUGAGAAGCGCUCUGUCUCAGCUGCAGGAGACUAUAGAUGAGGGAUUUAAUAAUAAUGUGUUGAAGAGGAUCCAGAAGUAUUCAGUGGAUGUGAUUCUGGAUCCUGAUACAGCUCAUCCGAAGCUUAUCCUGUCUGAAGAUGGAAAGCAAGUGCGGUAUGGAAACAUAAAGCAUGACCGCCCAGGCAGUGACAAGAGGUUUGAAAACUAUAUUGUUGUGUUGGGAAAAGAGGGCUUUUCCUCAGGGAGAUUUUAUUUUGAAGUAAAUGUAAGUGGAAAGACUGAAUGGCUUUUGGGUGUGGCUAGAGAAUCCCUCAACAGAAAGGGGGAGUUCUUCCUCAGUCCUAACGAUGGGAAUUGGUCUCUGUGGCUGAAAGAUGAAAAUAAGUGUGAGGCUUGCGAGUCUCUAACUCUCUCCCUCUCCUUGAAAGUGAAGCCCCAGACAGUGGGUGUGUUUGUGGAUUAUGAGGAAGGUCUGGUCUCCUUUUAUGACGUAAAGUCUAGGUCUCAUAUCUACUCUUUCACUGGUCAGUCUUUCACUGAGAAACUCUAUCCAUUUUUAAGUCCGUUGAGUAAUAAUAAAGGUCAAAAUUCAGCACCACUCAUCAUCUCACCUGUGACUGGUAAUGAUUGAAUCAAACUCAAAGUUGAAAUGCUAGAUGCAAAUGAUUCCUUCAUAGCCAUGAAUCUGAAUCAUCUCGUUGUAAUGAGGAAAGCUAUUCUGUGCAUAAUUCAAGAGAUAUUUGGUUUGAUUUUUCUUUCUCUACCCUUUGUUACAGUAAAAUCACUUUCCUGUAAAAAGUUCUUCUCUUAUUGUUUGAAAUAAUAAAACAGAAUACAUUGACUGUAAAAA